GGAUGUAAGAAAAUACAUCCGGCUGGAAAAUUACGCCUUUGCUAGGAGUUCCAGUGUUAUAAAAUGGGGCCGGUGGAUUGCCAUUGCCACCUCGCGGCGCCUGAAUUCCAAGAGGAUGUUGAAGAUGUAUUGGAAGAAGCAAAGCAGGCGAAAGUUUUAGCCCUGGUUGUAGUUGCUGAACAUUCAGGAGAGUUUGAAAGAAUUAUUCAGCUUUCAGAAAGGUAUCCAGGAUUUGUCUUUUCAUGUCUGGGUGUUCAUCCAGUUCAAAGAAUUCCAACAGGACAUGAGCGCAGUGCUACUUUAAAGGAUCUGGAUGAAGCAUUGCCACUCAUAGAACUCCAUAAGGACUGCUUGUUGGCCAUUGGAGAGGUUGGUCUGGAUUUCACUCCCAGGUUUGCCAGCAAUGAUGAACAGAAGGAAGAGCAGAGACAAGUCUUGAUCAGACAGAUUCAGCUAGCAAAGCAACUUCAUCUCCCUUUAAAUGUUCACUCCCGCUCAGCUGGAAGGCCAACCAUUAACCUCUUAAAGGAGCAAGGUGCCGAAAGAGUGUUGCUCCAUGCCUUUGAUGGCAAGCCUUCGGUGGCCAUGGAAGGGGUAAAGGCUGGAUAUUUUUUCUCCAUUCCUCCUUCCAUUAUAAGGAGUGAACAGAAGCAGAAGCUUGUGAAGCAGCUUCCUCUAGAAAGCAUUUGCUUAGAAACAGACUCUCCUGCGCUGGGUCCUGAGAAGCAGGUGAGAAAUGAACCAAAGAAUAUUUUCAUUGCUGCGGAAUACAUUGCUAAAAUUAAAGGAAUUUCACUGGAAGAAGUUAUAGAUGUGACAACACAGAACGCCCUGAAACUCUUCCCCAGACUGAAAAUAUUUCUUCAGAAAUAGUUGAUGUGUUACAGUGCUGCUAUCAAAAACAGACAAUAUUCUGGUGCAAUGACUCUGAUGUAGAUCAGUUAUAACUUCACAUGUUAUCUAGUUUCAACUAAUGAUCAGCCUGUCUUGGUUAACAGCUUAGCCAAAUACAGAAUUAUUUUAAUCCUUUCGGUUUAGUCUGGCAUUAUUUAGCUUUUCCUAAAUAAGAGGGCCUGUGAGGUAAGUCGGGGAAAGAGCCAUCCUAGGAACUCUGGGACUGAAUGGGGAUUUGAACUCGGGUAUUCCAUGUUGAGGGGCCGUGGUAGCAGUUUGAGACC